AUGUCUACUCCUCCGGACGGAAAUGCUGCCUACAAUGAACUCGCUCGAAUACUCUCCGCUAGACGCAAAGAUAACAACGUCCUAGAGAUCGAGAUACUCCCGCCUGGUCUUGGUCCACUGCUACAGGAUGGGCACUCGGUCGGAAUUACGAAGAAAUACCUGGUCCAGGCUUUCGUAACGGCUAGAAGAAUAUUCUUCGAUGCAUCAAGCGAGCCGUUCUAUUUUUCCGAUGCCGGUGGUCAUGAAGACGAGCGCAGAGCUCCGCAAAACGAAUCCCUGCUACAGAAACGAAGAGACGACCUGCUAAAUGCCAGCGAAAUCAUCCUCCUCUUCGAUUGCGAACACCUGACGGCAUGCAGCUGGCGCAAACGACGUCUGGUUGCCUUGCGCCAGCGCGCUGGCUCUGCGGACGCCGGAUAUACUUGUCGGGAGAUGCUCACUCAUGAAUUGGACACGGAGAUGUCUCUAUUGACCACCUACAUUUGCUCUCCACUGCAUCGUCAUACGAAAUCUCCGACAUUGUAUAACCACCGGCUAUGGGUAUUGAGGCAGAUGCUUUCUGACAGCAGCGGAAGGUUGAUAAGGCGAGAAGAUGACAGGGAGAUCGUGUCGAACCAAAAGGUGCUGAAGAAGGAACUAUCCGUUGUUCUCAGAUCCGGAGAGCUACACCCAAAGAAUUACUACGGAUUCACUUAUAUAAGACAGCUUCUCGACAUUUUGUCGGGCGGUGAUGAGGAUCAAGGCGCUUCAGCGCGUCUAGCUGCCUCAAUCAUACCAGAAGUGCUGGACUGGUGUAUCGCACAUCCCAGUGACAUUUCCGGCUGGAUGUUCACUUUGCUCCUACUGGACCGGGCCGGUGAUGAAAAGACCAGAACAGACAGUAUUGACAGGGUGUUGCGUUUCGCAUUGGACGUGGGUUGGGAAGGCGAGAGCAUAUGGACGUUCGUGAAUUUGGCGACAAUGACGACAGGCGUAGGAGCCCCAGCAAAAGCCCAAUGCAAGACGUCGAAUGCAUUGGCAAACCUGCCUUUGUCUGAGGUUGGGGCUGCAGACGGGUGGAAGGCCUGCUUGGAAAGAGCAAGGGCUGCCUGGGUUGCUGGUCAGCAGGGGGGGUAG